AUGAAAACACCCAGCAUCUCCACUCUACAACCCGUGGUACUCCCUCCUACCUACACAACCACCACCGCCCCCGAAUCCUUCCCCGAUUCCUCGUAUGGCACUCUCGCCUGGCACACGCUCUUCUCGCACCCCCACACCCCAACCAGGGACCUCAUCGCCGGCCUCGCUGUAUGCCCGCCAAACACGGGCCAUCUAUGUGCGCAUCGCCACGCACAGGCCGAGAUAUAUUAUAUCGUGCAGGGCGACGGCGAGGUGACGAUUGACGGGCGGCGAUGGACCGUCACGGCCGGGAGCACGGUGUAUAUUCCCCCGAAUUCCGAGCACGAGAUUGCCAACACGGGGACGGCGGACUUGCGCUGGUUUUAUGUGUUUCCGACUAGUUCGUUUGGGGAUGUGGUGUAUCGCUUCUCGAAGGAUGAGAAGGCCAAGUUGUGA